AUGACAGGCCAAGUCGUCCCAGCUCAGGGCAUGCCCAUCUUGAUGGCCUUUCACCCUCUGCCCGUCGAGCAGAGCUACUUUGCACAGCACUUUAGUCACAAUAUCGCCCGCAUUGGGCUUGCCAUUGAUCAUCAGGGGAACGGCUAUCGGUGGCUGCUGCCCAUGGCCAUGUCUGAGCCAGCUCUCCUCAACGCUGCCCUGGCAGUGGCGGCCUCGCACCACAGCCGUUGGCAGCAAUCAACAAACAACGAUUCCCUCAAGUAUCUGCGGGCAUCCUGCCAAAAUCUUAAGCAGAGGCUUGUAGAUCGAAAACUCGUCCACAGCAACGUUACCUUGGCCUCUAUGCUUCUGCUGGCAACGUACGAGGUUUUUGCAGGUACCGGCCGCUGGAAAAGGCAUCUCCUAGCUAUCCAGGGUUGGAUACGCUCCCGGGGAGACUGCUCCGAUCUCGACCCGUUUCUUAAGAAUUGGGUUUGUAUGCUCGACAUCCAAGCAGCGUUGAGUCUCGGCAUGGCGUCAAUCCCCGAACUAGAUCCAUGGAUGGAAGCCACCGCAGACCACAAUGAGACGAUUGAUGCACUGUUUGGGUGUUCGGUUAGGUUGCCAAAGCUCCUGUCGGCAGCUUCUCGCCUGCUUGUAGCAAUCAGGGAUGGGGAGCUCGCUCCUUCAGAGAUACAGUUACGCGUCAAUGCGUUGCAAAAGGAGAUACGGGCUACACGCAUCUCAGCUGAUGCUAUCCCGAUGCUAGGUCUAACAUGCCGCCACACGACCCAAACAUUCUCGGCCACUAUUGGCUUACAUGAGGAGGAGAUGCGGCGUAGAGCUAUUGCCACGGCUGAAAUAUUCCGUCACGCCACUCACAUAUUUGUGUAUCGCAUCAUUCACGGCCCGGAAACCUCCCUCAGCCCUGAGAUGUUGGGGUCUUUACAUGACGCUCUCGGACUUUUGACUCAUGUGCCAGACGCUGUCGGUCCAGGGGCUAAUCUCGGCUGGUGUCUAGUCGUACUUGGAACGGAGUUGGAAACAGAAGAGUGCCGCCAGUAUAUAAAAUCGCGUUGGGCGGGCUUACAUCUGCUUGGCGUUCACAGUACCAAGAACGGUGAGAAGAUUCUGAACGAAGUCUGGAACCAUCGUGACCUCAUGAAGAAAGGACACCCUGUCGCCUCGGAGCGGUGGCAAGACAUCAUGUUACGUAUCGGCAAGGCGCAAAUAUUGAUGUAA